AAGAAGCUACAGGAGAAGGCUGUAAGGUUUUUUAAGAUAAAUUACAGGUGGUUUUCUGAUGGAGUAUUCCAGCAUGCUCUGUAGAUUCAAGAUCAGAAACAAAGGUAUUCAGUCUUAGAUAAUAAGAGAAGAAAGCCAAACGACAAAAGAACAGGAAAUGGAAGUUCUGGCGAUACACUUCAUGGAAAACAUAGUGCUUCAUUCACGCUGGGGCUAACCUUUGCAUAAGCUGGAUCACAAAUGCCACAUUACUUUGGAUAUCUGCUUAUACAACUUAAAACAUACACCCUUGGAUACUGAGUUCCAGACAUUUGUUUUUAGUUUAUGGUAAUCCCAUGUAGAAUGUUGAUGAAGUAGACUUCAAGUAGUAUUGAAGAAGAAAAAAUCCUCAGUCAUUCGCAAGUCCUGAUAUUUUGUAUUACAUCAUGAAGAAUGUCUGUAUACCUGGUAAAAAGGCCUGAAUUAAGUGUCUGCAACUUAAUUCCAUGUUUCCUUGAUAUGACGUUUGGAGCUGGCGGUCAUACUACAGCUCUUCUACAGAAAGCCGGUGACAUUACAGUGUAUGCACUAGACAGGGACCCCACGGCUUAUAAAAUAGCUCAGCAGCUCUCAGAAUCUUACCCGAAACAGAUUCGAGCACUUCUGGGACAGUUUAGCCAGGCAGAGGCUUUGUUAAUCUCAUCUGGAGUUGAGCCAGGGACUCUAGAUGGAGUUCUCUUGGAUGCUGGCUGUUCUUCAAUGCAAUUUGAUACACCUGAAAGGGGGUUUUCCCUGCAGAAGGAUGGUCCUUUGGACAUGAGGAUGGAUAGUGACAGGUACCCUGACAUGCCCACUGCUGCUGAUGUUGUGAAUGCUUUAGAUCAACAGGCGCUUGCGUCCAUCCUGAGAACAUACGGGGAGGAGAGGCACGCCAAGAAAAUCGCUUCAGCCAUCGUUCAGGCACGCAGCAUAUACCCCAUCACCAGAACUCAGCAGCUUGCAAGCAUUGUUGCAGGUGCUUUUCCAGCAUCAGCGUUGUAUGCACGAAAAGACUUGCUUCAGAGACCUACACAUGUUGCUACCAAAACUUUCCAAGGACUGCGAAUAUUUGUAAACGAUGAGCUCCAUGAACUCUUUAUGGGGCUGAAGACAGCUGAGAAGUUUCUAAAACCCGGAGGUCGACUUGUAGCCCUUUCUUUCCAUUCACUGGAAGAUCGUAUCAUCAAACGCUUUCUUUAUGGAAUAGACAUGACAGAAAAGUACAAUCUUGGUUCAAGGCAGAAGAUAAGACAAGGUCUAAAAAAUUGCUCCAAAGAAGAUGAUACAGAAUUUCCCUGUGGAAAAUCCAACUCAAAGUGGAUUUUUAUACAGAAAAAAGUUCUCACACCCCAGGCCAAGGAUAUUCAAACAAACCCGAGAGGGAGGUCUGCCAAGUUAAGAGCUGCUAUUAAGCUCUAAAACAAAAUGUUUGAUUAUAAAAUUGUAUGAUUUCCUAAAGUUUGUUUUUCCAGAAGGAUAACUGGACAGAUAGUAUUAAAUUGAAAAAUAAAAUGGAAAAAAAAGGCUGUUGGAAAACA